AUGAAGAAGUAUGUGACCAAGGAGAAAGAGAAAAGCCUCACGGUCGAUGCAGGCUGGUACACCGAGCAGGAGAUGAAGGACAAACUGGGGUAUGAUGCGAAGACAAUCAAGAAGAUCGUGGACUACACUGCCAAGAAUUUGAGCGUGCUGCAGCGGAAAUGGAAGUACGAUGAGACGAUUAUCCAACACUGGGUGGAAACCAGUUGGUCGGGUCAGCUUGUGCACAAAGACAAUGAGAAGUCCGUCCAUGAAGAAGAACAGGAAGCCAAGGACACCCCGAACCCCAGCCUGAGCUUCGAGAACGGUGGCAACCAAACAAAUCCGGGUAGCGCCGCCGCUGGUGCCAAUGAAGGAGAUGAUCCAAGAGCGGCCCUGGAAAGGGCAUGGUCGGAGAUGUUGAGCAAGACCAACAAGCUUCGUGACAAUGUCAACUUAUUGCAGAACUGUGACAUGAGUGAUGUUCAGAAAAGGCAUGCUGAUUCUAUGCUGAAGCACGCGGAUGCUAUGGAGCAGCACUACGAUAAGAUGUCAAUGCUCAAGGCCACCGCCAACAUCCGUCUUUCGGAAAAGCUGAAGGAUGAGAUCAUGAUUGCCCUCGAUGCGGCUUCUGUUUUGACUCUGGCUUCAAUUAAUGGGCCACUAAUGAGCCGAAUACCAAGCCUGGCCCUGUUCCUGCUGGGCCUGUUCCUGGGUCGGGGCCUGGACCGGGGGCCUAGAUCUGUUUUCGCCAGCGGAACACAUCUGAAUGUUUGUGAGUACCACUUACUUCGGUCAAUUUGGGAGGAUGGGCCAGGAAGCUGCGAGGCAGCUCGUCAGAGGUCUCUGGGACCCCCGAACUCCGGCGACCUCCUGAAGUUUGCUAGCAGCAACAUGGCUGAUCAUGGCCAACAGGCUGUACCUGCUGUGCAUUGGAAGUAUCACAAGUACUUUGAUGCCGAGAUCCGUGCCCUACCCCGGCUAUGUGAACUGUGGCAUCAACUCUUAGCGAACAAGCAGAUCUUCAAGAUUGCACUUCCUGAUACAUCCUUGCCCAAGUCGCCGGGCGCAGUCUUUCGGGCUGCAGAGCAGAUGAUGGAUGUCGUUCUCACUGGUACUUCCGUGGCGGCUUACAAAAUCGGUUUCACCCAUGCCACUGGCAAGACCGUCUCUGCCUUCGCUCGUGCAAGCUGCUCUAGAGAGCGUGGCCAAGAUGCAGUACUGGAUAGUCUGGCGAAGACAUCAGAGAACAGAUUGGAGGACAAGAGCCACGAAGUGUUCAAGCACUAUGGGCUGGCCCUCGACAUCCCCAUAUCCUACGUGGACGUUGGUGAUGCGAAGAAGAAUAUGCCGUGGAUCAAGCCGACUGAUUUAUUCCAACAUCUAGCUGAUUUGGGCAAACUUGACUUGCUGUAUGCAGAGCAGGAUACGAGCGUCUUGACACAGCUCCCUCGGCCUAUUUCUGGAGUGCAAUGGUUCUGGGCAAGGUUUGCCGUUCUGGAACCUGGGAAUACAAUCAAUGAUUGCUUCGACUCCGGACUCUGCGUGCCAGAGCGAACAAUCCCACUGCUACUUCACGGCGACGAGGCUCGGAGCAAGAAACACCUACCGAUGAUGGUCGCCAACACACAUGCAAUGAUCGGCUAUGGAUGCAAGGCUUACAAGAACUGGUUCGCCGAGGCUCCUCUCUCGAAAAAGCAAGCUGGUGGUGUGAAUCUUGAAGGCGCCGUUCAGAAGACUCGCUUUUUGCACUUCGUCAUGCAGAAAAAAGACUACGGCGAGGACGCCCAGCACCUGGACAAAAUGUUCGACGCCUUGGCUAUCGACUUGGCGAAGCUGCAGACGGAGGGCAUCAAGGUGAACGGCGAGAGGUGGCACCUUGUCGUGAUAGCGGCUGUCGGAGAUUGGCAAUUCUUUGCCAAAGUGGGACACCUCAAUCGAUGCUACACUCACGUGUCCAAGCGAUCUGGCCAGAAAACACUUAAUGGGAUUUGCCACCUGUGCCUUGCAGGCACGCAUGGCUGCCCUACCUGGGAAGACUUCGUGGAUUCGCCGACUUGGAGACCGACUUGCGGCACACUGGAGCCGUGGGAGCAGACGCCGUCGCUGAUUCGCCGACUUCAUGUCAACGUUGCGAACAGGGUGUCCUUCUUCCAACCUGAUUUCUGGCACUGCUUGCACCUGGGCGCAGGCAAGAAUCUGGUUGCCAGUGCUGUUGCUGAAUGGCUCCGUGUGGUGCCCGGUGCCAACAUUGGCGAGCGCUUCUGCUUCAUAGAUGAUGCUGCACAGGCAUGGCUCCGCAGUCGCAACGAUAAGUUGUAUUGCAAAUGCAUCUCUGCUGUGACAAUGGGCAUCGACAGUUUGCAGAAAGUGCCAAACGCUGGAUGGCAGAAGGCCAGCGACACCACGCUGCUCUUGGAGUUCCUUGAACACUUUUGCAGUGUGAACGCAGGCCUUGCAAAUGCUGAUCCGAUCCUGCGCUGGACGUGGGUGGCUGCCUCGAACAUCAACCUCGCCGUGCGUAUGUUGUAUCGGGGCGGUCUCUGGCUGGAUCAGAGCACGGCACACACGGUGGCCCGCUGCGGACUUAAUUUCUUGAAAUCUUACGGGCACCUUGUGGCGAUGACGUUGGCGGCGGACAGGGACAGGUUCCCUGUAACACCCAAAUUGCAUAUUUUGCACCACUUGUUUUUGCACUUGCAAGAAAAUGCUUCAAGAUGCUCCUGGACACUAUCCUUUCUUGGCUAUUCAGUGCAACAAGAUGAAACUUUUGUUGGCAUACAGGGCAGAGCGAGCAGAAGAGUUGGACCCCAGCAUGCCGCUCUCCGUGUUCUGCAACGCUAUCUGGCGGACGCAGCAGAGCACUUGACGCCGGAGUUCCGCUUGGCCGCCAAAAAAUUCGAAGGGGCCGAGGGCCCAGAGCAAACCCGAAGCCUGAAACGCCCUCGAACCCACCACUGGUAG